AUGAGGCCAUCCGGCCUGCCGCCCGCACUCCUGCUGUGCGUUGUGCUCGUUCUCGUGGUCGCUCGUCCUACCCUUCUAGAUCCUGCAGAAUGCGCAACGGCCGCGACCAUACCAGCCGAGCACUCUAUUGACCACCCGGCCUCGACUGGAACCACCACUGCAGAGCUCGUCGUUCAUGAGCCCUGUGCUGCUGCCUCGCGCCCGACAGAGUUGACCGUCUAUGUCAGUUCGCUGCAGCAGAUGGCCCGGAAGGUCAAGACGACCAUUGCGGUCCUGACGAGCCUAAUCGCAUAUGUGUCGAUCAACAGUAUAGCCCGUGCGCUCAACCCGACGGCCUUCAUUUGGUACGAGGAGGACCGCGACGAUCCCAGCUGGAUAGCCAGCUCGCGCUCGUGGCUUGACCGCAAGGCCUGUCGCUGGCUCAGUCUCUGCGGCGUGGCCCAUUUCCAACCUGCUGAUGGCCCUUUCGGAUAUCGCGAUCCAGCCACGGGAUGGCCAGCAUCCAAUGAUACCGGGUCCGAACCCUGGCGGGCCUUUUGGACCAGUGGGGCCAAUCGAUCGCGCGCGUGGGAUGCCGAGGAGCGGGCGCUGCGGCAGAUCCCCGACUAUGUUUUCGACUAUGCCCCACUCGUCCACCUUUAUUCUGGAGAACAGUUCUGGCCCGGCGACAUUGCAGAACACGUAUACCACACCACGCCGAUGUUGAAUUACACUCCGAUCCAAGCAAAAUGGGACCAUCCGACCUUGAGUAAUUUGGAUACUUUGAACCAGUGGGAAAAGGGUCGGUAUGUGUUCCUGACCAGUAAUGAUGAUGUGCAGACCCGCCCGCCGUGGCUGGAAGGCGAGAAGAAUAUACCAGAGACAGAAGAAGAAGAGGUGGAGGAAUUGUGGGCAGACUGGGAUGAUCGGGUAGACGGCGAGGUCUCCGAAGAUGAUCGGGCCCAGUGGUUCGAUCUGAAUCAUCGUCCGGAAAACACGGAAGAUCAACAGCCAUUAGCGGGCCAUAUCAUUGAGGAACUCCGCAAACGAUACGGCGGCGAAGAGAUUCAUGCCCAAGCGGUGGGCGGCGGUCGCAGCGAUGCCCCGGCGAUCCUGCUGGUGAUGGACAAGGGCAAGGGUGUUGUCGACGCCUUUUGGUUCUACUUCUACAGUUUCAACCUGGGCAACACGGUAGUCAACGUGCGAUUUGGCAACCAUGUGGGCGACUGGGAGCAUUGUCUAAUGCGGUUCUACAAUGGAAAGCCCAAAGCAAUGUUCUUCAGCGCCCACUCCGCCGGUGAGGCCUACAGCUACGAAGCAGUGGAGAAGGUCGGACAACGGCCUGUGAUCUACUCUGCCGAGGGCAGCCAUGCCAUGUAUGCCACAGCGGGAGUACACGAGUAUGUCUUACCGUGGGGACUGUUGCACGAUGUGACCGAUCGAGGCCCGCUGUGGGAUCCUUUACUCAACUCACACUCUUACACCUACGACUUUGAGAACGACACUCUCCGCGCAUCAACCGUCAGUCCUAGUGCGCCAACCGAAUGGUUCUAUUACAAAGGCCACUGGGGCGACAAGUUCUAUCCGCUGGGCGACUCCCGCCAGUACCGCUUUGCCGGUCAGUAUCACUUCGUGAACGGGCCCCUCGGGCCCCGGUUCAAGCACCUUAACCGCAAGAAAGUGUGCCAGGGCCCCGACAAGGCCCCCUGCGUGAUCAGAGACUGGAUCCAACGGGGCAAGCGUGCUCCUCGAUGGAAAUCUGUCGGUCCAGGAGAGUAA